UGAAGACCAUGCUGAAGCCAGGGCGCCAUUACGGGAGAUGACAAUUCUAACUCUGGAGGACUGAAACUGACAAGCUGAAAGAAAUACAAUAUGGUGAGCUUUUUUUCUUGAAGAGAAAUUUGAAAACUGAGAAAAUGGCCGAGAAAGAGACAUUUCUCAAAAGUUAUCUGAGCUGCCAUGUGUGUUCAGAGACUUUCAUAGAUCCCGUGUCUCUGAACUGCAAACACAGCUUCUGUUUAAACUGCCUGCAGAAAUUCUGGGAACAAGCAAACAACAGAAACUGUCCCAUUUGUAAAAGAAAAUCCUCUAAAGAAGAUCUUAGAGUGAACUUUGUUCUGAAGGAGCUGGCGGAUUCCUUUGAGGCAAGGCAGAAAGCUGGAGAAACAGGAGAGAAGAAAUUAAUAACGAUGUGCAGAAAACAUGCAGAAGAGCCUAAACUGUUCUGUGUGGACGAGCAAAGAGCUGUUUGUACUGUCUGUGACUUUCCUCACCAACAGAGUCACAAAUUGGUUCCUGUGGAAGAAGCAGUCAGUGUCCUAAAGAAACAUCUAAAAUCUGACUUAAAGUCUCUGCAGGACAAGAGGAACAAAUACAAACAAAUGGUGAAAACAUACAAUGAAGUGAUUCAACACUCCAAGAAGCAGCUGUUGUCCACAGAGAGGCAGAUCAGAGCAGAGUUCAACAAGCUCCAGCAGUUCCUGAAAGAGGAAGAGGAGUCCAGACUGGCAGUUCUGAGGGAGGAAGAGGAGCAGAAGGGGAGGACUAUCAGCAGAGAGAUGAAGAUGAUUGAGGAGCAGAUCUCCUCUCUGUCAGACAGCAUCUCUGCUGUUGAAGAAGAGCUGCAGAAACACAGCGUGCCAUUCCUCAGCAGUUAUAAAGACACUCAGAGCAGAGCCAGAGCCCAGAGCUCAGUGUCAGAUCCACAGCUGGUCUCAGGAGCACUGAUAGAUGUGGCCAAACACCUGGGCAACCUGUCCUUCAGAGUGUGGGAGAAGAUGAAGGAGAAGGUCCACUUCAGUCCUGUCAUUCUGGACCCAAACACUGCACACUGCUGUCUCUAUCUGUCUGAUGAUCUGACCAGCGUGACAUAUGGAAACACAAAGCAGCAGCUUCCUGAUAAUCCAGAGAGAAACACAAAAUAUAGUAAUGUUCUGGGCUCUGAGAGUUAUAGCUCAGGGAAACACAGCUGGGAGGUGGAGGUUGGAGAUCAUCCCAGCUGGAAUUUGGGUUUAUCUAAAGAGACAGCUGACAAGAAGGGAGAGUGUUCUGCUUCACCAAAAAAUGGAAUCUGGUGUUUAGUGCAUCGCGGCGGAAAAUAUAAUAAUGGUGCUGGUCAGAUUGUCAAUGUGACAAAACAUUUCCAGAGGAUCAGAGUCCAGUUGGAUUAUGACACGGGGCAGGUGUCCUUCUAUGACCCUGAAGACAUGACUCACAUCUACACUCACAGAGACACUUUCACUGAGAAACUUUGCCCAUAUUUCUGUAUCUUUAAUGCUGGUAAUGCUAAGACAGUUAAUAUCAAAAUCUGUGAAACUAAUAUUUAAUUGUAAAGGUUAAAUGCUGUGAGCGAUUCAUUUAGCAUUUUUUUGUAGUUAUUAUUGUGUAAGGUUUUAGCUUGUUGAUACUUACUGUUGAUAAAUACUGCUUAAAAUUCACCUUUUCAUGCUUUUCAAAUGAAAGUUAAUGAAAAUAGAAGAAAGACACCAAAGGCUCAAAUAUGUGACAAUAUAUUGCCAGUUAAACAUCUUUGUUUAACCUCCCAUGUAUUUACUGAACUGGAAUAUUUCUUUUACCAUAUUUCUUCAAUUGCAGCUGCUGUUUGUUUACAUAUGGCUAAAUAGGCUUAAGGUGAUAAACCUUUAAACACUGACAGAAAAGACUAAUAAAGGGACAAACUAUAUAAUUCAGAUGGCAGGUUAUCCUGUUUUCUUUGUGCAGUCAAAUAAUAUUUUAUCACUUUAAUAUUUACUUUGCACAAUUCCAGUCUCAAAUAGAAUAUCUCUUUGAAGGGCAAAAUGUCUUAUGCCGUUGGACAAAAAAAGUUUAAACAUCCAGUAAGUUUCAGACUUUUGAAUCACCUUUGCAGGAUCUUGUUUUCAGUCAGAAGAUGUACAUGCACUCAUUCCUUGUCAAGGCAGAUAGCGUAGGCAUUGUAUUUUUGGUUUCAACCUAGAUGUUACUUUUUCUUCAUUUUCAUGUUUUGUUAUUUUGGCCUUGGAGACCCCUGAUGUUAAAUUGCUUCCUUUCCCCUUCCUAUGUAG